AGUGAGAAUUGUGAUAAAAAAAGUCGACUUGUCUUGUUGAUAUUUGAUUGGAUUGUGCAAUUAAACAAUAAUGCAAUUGUAAAGACACAUACACGCACACAAUCACGGUAAAAGUCGAUUGUUUGCUCUCAGCUGCAAGAAUGCUUUAUCACAAUGUUUGUUAAUUGAUUACUUAGACAACAGUUGUUUCUUGUUAAUGCCGUUGUCGUUGUUGUGUGUUGCUGUGUGUUGCUGUGUGUAUUACAUUACAAAGUGAAUGGAUAAAUUGAAUUAUCUGACGUGAUCUUAAACAAUCUACCCAGUAAAUUACAUGGCCGCCGAAAGUGUUGAUGUUGUGGGCCAUAUGAGCCAUAGUAAUGUUAGUGAUCAUAACGGUGGUGUUGUUAGUAAACAUGAAACAGGAUCUAAUGCUAGCGGAAGUAUUUCGAGGCGAAAGCAGCAAAACUCAAAUGGAUUACUAAUAGCCCGAUCGAAUCUGGAUAUUGGAUCGGUACAGGGAGGUGCUAACAAUAAUAACAGCAAAAUCCACAAUGAAAAUCCAAAUCAAAUCUAUUAUCAUGCACCACCAGAGCGUCGAGGAAUGGUACCAAUGAUGAUGCCCCGGAAUGAUGAAAACGAUGGACUCGGUCCGCUGCCAAUAAAAUGGGAAAAGGCGUACACGGAAAAUGGCGAGUCCUAUUUUAUCGAUCACAACACCGGUACGUCACAUUGGCUGGAUCCACGUUUGGCAAAAUUCCAAAAGAAAUCGCUGGAAGAUUGCAACGAAUCGGAACUUCCGUACGGUUGGGAGAAGAUAAACGAUCCACAGUACGGGACGUACUUUAUCGAUCAUGUUAACCGUCGAACACAAUAUGAAAAUCCCGUUUUGGAGGCAAAGCGACGGGCGGAACGAUCACGAGAGCCAUCAAACAAACCGAAUUCGUUUACCAGGAAUCCAUCCGAAUUGUGUGGUGAACGGUUGUCGACGACAUUGCUAAAAUCGUCGCGAGGAUUGGGAUUUACGAUUGUUGGCGGUGAUGACAACGUGGAUGAAUUUUUGCAAAUAAAAUCAAUUGUACCGAACGGACCGGCAUGGCUGGACGGGAAACUCGAAACGGGUGAUAUUUUGGUGUAUGUGAAUGAAACGUUAGUGCUUGGCUUCACCCAUCACGAAAUGGUGAAUGUGUUCCAGUCUAUUCAACCGGGAGAAACAGUUAAUUUGGAUGUGUGUCGAGGGUAUCCGUUGCCGUUCGAUCCGAAUGAUCCGAACACGGAAGUUGUAACCACGAUUGCAGUUGAUGGAAUUUGUUCGGAUCCGGAAAAGGCCCGAAUCUUGAUGGACUUCAAUAUGGACGGAAAUUACAAUUUUCUGGAUGUCUCCGACACAUCUGGAGCUGUGGGUGGCUUACAAAAGAAUCCGCUGUCGAAACUUCAAAAUGGUAUUGGCAAGGACGGCGGAGACAAUUAUUUAAAUGAAACGAGACAGAUUUUCGACAAACCAGAGAUCUUACACAUCUCGAUUGUGAAGGGUGCUGCGAUGGGUUUUGGUUUUACCAUUGCAGACAGCGCUUACGGACAGAAAGUUAAGAAAAUCUUGGAUAGCAAUUGCUGUAAAGAUUUGAUCGAAGGUGAUUAUUUGCUUGCCAUUAACAAUACAAAUGUGCAACACAUGUCGCAUAGCGAAGUGGUGCAGGUCCUGAAAGAUUGCCCCAAAGGUCAUGAAGCAGAGUUGAAAAUUCAGCGUGGUCAUUUGUUCAAUGGAAAUCUGGGCAAGGGGAAUCGACUGAGGCGCAGUGGUGAUGCCAACCGAUUCGGGACACUGAAUAAAGAUCAAAGGUUCCGAAGCAAAACACCAACAGCUGAUCUGUACAGCACACAGACGAAAGAAAUUCUUCCAGUUCGUCCGAAAACUCCACUAGUUGACACACGGAUCAGAGUUAAAACUCCCUCAAACGAAUUGAAUGUUGAUGGGGUGGUGUCGAAUCAAUUGGAUGGGAAAAAUGACGAACGAAAGGCCGACUCAAAAUCGAACAACAGUUUUCCGGAUCACGAUUCCAUCAAUAAUGACAUUCCGUUCAUGGAUCCAUUUCCAAAAAUUCUGUCAAGCCUAUCAGAUCGACUGGCCGACACCUCCAUUCCGCAAGAUUCACCAUCAGCACACAUCUACGAUCAUACACGCAACAACAAACAACACUUUGCGAAUGACGUGGAUCCAGAUCUGAACUAUGAUCAGCAGUCGCAGCAAGACUACAACGGAUACAAUUACAAUCAUCGUAGCAACGGGUACAAUUCGUUGCGUUCUCCACCAUCUCCUCUUCCAAUCAUGGCACCGGUUCCGACGAUUCCGACUUACCAUCAGGACAGUUGUUAUUGCUACGAAUGUCAAGACUACGGACGGCAUCAGGAAUAUUUAGCUCAAUAUCAAUACUCUGCUCAAGGUUCGAACGGACGAAGUCAGAAGAGGAUAAACGACUACAUGAUCGAUCGUCGCAAGGCUGGAUUUAGUCCACUCGAAUCGCAUGGUCAAAUAUUAUCACCGCAGGGUCAACAAGGAUAUUGGAAGUACGGUCAGAGUGUUAUUCAUCCACAGCAGGAUGAGUACACACUAUCCGAAGUGACAUUAGAGCGACAAGCACUGGGUUUCGGUUUUCGUAUCGUCGGUGGAACAGAAGAAGGCUCUCAGGUAACUGUGGGACAUAUUGUUCCGGGUGGAUCAGCUGAUUGCGAUCCUCGUAUUGCUACUGGGGACGAAAUUCUCAGCAUCGAUGGACACAAUGUUAAGGUGCAAGGUUCCCAUCAUCGCGUUGUGCAAUUGAUGCAAGAAGCUGGCCAUCGUGGACAUGUGACGAUGAUAUUACGCCGUAAAGUUACAUAUUACCAGCAGCCAACGUACAACCAUCGAAUCUAUCCGUAUGACGUGAUCAUAAGUCGUAACGAAAAUGAAGGUUUCGGUUUCGUUAUUUCAUCGUCCACUCAAUAUUACGGUUCAACAAUAGGCAAAAUUAUUAUCAAUUCACCAGCCGAUCGAUGCGAUGAUCUCAAAGUGGACGAUCGCAUAAUUGCAGUCAAUCGAAUCGAUAUCAGUAACAUGAAUCACGGCGAUAUUGUCAAUUUGAUCAAAGAAUCCGGUCUGCAUGUUCGACUAACCAUUGGCAGUCCACAAGAAAAAUCAUUGGGUGGACCGCCGCCAGUGCCGCCACCUCCACAACACUCGUCCAAUUCGAUGGUGAACAGUGAACAAUAUUUUGACACGUAUUCGAUGGCACAACAUCCGCAAUUAUGAAGUUUGCCUGCACGAUUCCGUAAGAAACGGCAUUUCUUUCCCGGAUAGUGAAAUGGGCAGCUCGUCGUUCGUUCACGGAUACAGUGUGAACAGUAACAACAACAAAAAUGAAUAUCAAAGAAAAACUAGUAAGACUGAUUUAUAAAACGGUACAUUGUUCUAUGCGCUCGAGAUGAGACGGUCUGGAACGAUAAUUUUUUAUCGGAGAAGUUCGUUGUAACUUCGUAUUGAUGAUAGUCCACAUCAAACUUUGCUCAGCUACACUUUAUUGUACAUUUUCAACAAAAGGACCGACUCUAAAUCGCAUUCUUGCCACUCCCCCGUUCUAAGCUCUUCCUUUAGCGGGCUAGAUUUGUGCUUUGAUCAAGUGACUAAUGUUGACAUGAUCCACUCCACUUACAGACGUAUUAAGCUUCUCCGGUUGUCACUAUAAGUUAACAAUUAGUCGAACACUCCUUUCAGUAGAACCUGACAAUAGUUAGUGCGAAAGAUCCAUGCCACAGUAUUAUUAAGAUUCCACUCUCGCAAAUCGUCCUUGUUUAAGGCAUCUGCGACGUCAAUGGUCAAACGGUUUCCAAAGGUCAAACGGUUUCCAAAUGUCAAACGGUUUUCAAUGGUCAAACGGUUUCCAAUGGUCAAACGGUUUCCAGUGGUCAAACGGUUUCCAAUGGUCAAACGGUUUCCAAUGGUCAAACGGUUUCCAAUGGUCAAACGGUUUCCAAUGGUCAAACGGUUUCCAAUGGUCAAACGGUUUCCAAUGGUCAAACGGUUUCCACUGGUCAAACGAUUUCCAAUGGUCAAACGGUUUCCAAUAAAAUGGUUAGUCAAAUUCCUUGAAAAGUGUACUUACAAUGGUUUAUAAUAGGCUCCUAUCGGGUUCGGGUUGAUCUUUUUCAAUUCAGGUUGACCCGAACAGGAUUUUAAACCGUACUUGAACUAAGGUUUCAGAUUCGACUCGAAGUUUACCUGAACGUGAAAUGUUCUAUUUCGGGUUCAAACCAAACCCGAUCCGAACCUUAACUAUUACUUUCCUGACCUGAAAUUUUCAUGUCGAGUUCGGGAAACCCGAAAUUCUUACGUCAGAAACCACAAAUUUUCACGAAAAAUUUCGGGUUAACUUGACCUGAUCUAACCUGAAAAUUUCAGAUUUGGACUACAUCUGAAAGUGAAAGUUCAAUUCAGGUUCAGGUCCGGUUCCGGCAGAACCCGAAAUCAAAAGUUUCAGGUUCAGGUUAAGGCGGAGUAGUUAAGGUUCUGGUCGAAAUCAGGGUCAGUGUGAUUGUAGUGACGUUCAAAUGGUCAUAUGCUGUCUGGAAUGCAAUUUUUGCUCACGAGACUGCACCACCAUUUCUAAUCUAAUUUAGAUGUACGAUGGCUUACAUUUCAUUGGCUAAUUAAUUGGCAAAUGUAACAGCCAUAAAUUUCUGUUCUGGGCACAUGGUGGAGAGGUGUGAAAAUGUAUACGAUCUGAACAAACGACUUCGGAAUGGAAUCAAAUCGAAUCGUCCGAAUAAGAAUCCAAAUUUUUAAUUUUUAUUUUCCCUGAAUGGCUUUAACACAAAAAAAAAUGAAACUCGAUGUACUUAAGAAAGAGGAUCUGGAUGAGUUACAAAACUCUGAAAUAUUAAAAUCAAAAAUGUAAAUUUUUCUAAGCGUCUAGGACUAUAUACUAGCUGUACGGAUAAAAUAUUAGAAUAUUUUUAGCUCAAUCAUCAUCAUUAUUACUACUAUCAUUACAAUAUUAUCGUCACGAUGUUUAUAAUAUUAUUACGCGUACCGCGAUAUGUUUAUAAUAAGUGUUAAGGAUACAAAAGCAAUACAAAACAUAAAUGUUAUUCGUAAGUAUAAAUGUCUUUGUGCCUCAAAAUUUUGUGAUACUCAAGCUCUACUCUUUUAUCGUAACACUGUUAGUUUCUCUCGUUCCUUGUUGAUCUUCUUUUUGAUAUUUGAAUGAUGGAAAAACAAACAAACAAAAAAUCCCCGAAUUUACUAGAAAAGAAAAUUUAUCCUGAUAAUAAGAACCGCCUUAAACGCUCACAUUUGGUGUGGAUGUACCACACAAACACAGGCAGUUUUUUUUUGUAUACAAAAUUUAAAAGAAACAAAAAAUAGAACACACCGUCCAAGACAUUAUAUACAAUUUUAACAAAAACAAUUUUAUUAUCUCGAUUGUUAUUGCUGCGUAGAGAAGUUUUCAUUGUUAACAAUUUCGUUAUUUAUAUAAAAUAUUA